AUGGAGUUUCGAUGGAUUCUUCCGGUUUCUGCCGGAGGUCUCGUCACCGACCACCGGGCGACCAUGAGUUUUUCACUUCAAGACUCACUGACUGACUUGGAGAAAAGAAGUGCGCCGCUUCGUGCAUUGGAGUCUCGGCGACGGGCCAGGAGUUGCGAUGUGCACCACUCGCUCUACAACAAAGGCUUAGAACGAAUGGCCCGUCAUGCAGAGCAGGUGCAGCAACAAUCCAAAGAACGUUCUGCUCGUCAGGUUCUUGGUCGCUCCAGAGAAUACUAUUGGCAGAUGCUGGAUCGGCAGAUUCGGGAUGCUUUCGACAAGGCAGCAAAAGGACAUCACUUGGCCAACACAGAGCUGGAGGACUUCUUGCGGCACUUUGGGGUCAUGGCAACAAAUGAGGCCUCGUCCACGCUGGCUGUGGAGAGGAUCAAUGAGGAAUCCCGAAAGCUGCGGACGGCGCUCUGGCGUCAUUUGGAUCCCGACGGGGUGCGAGCGCCCGCGGUGCGGCGAGAGCGGCUGCCCCCCAAGAUGAGACCAGAAGAUGCGGCCAAGGUCGUGGCGCAGAAGGCUCGGCCCUUCCUGGAUAGCUUCUUAAAGCUUGUGGAGGCGAACGUCGAGGGCGAGCGAGUGGUGGAUGAAGCGAAACUGAUGGCGAGCAACCUCGGCAGCCUCGCUUGGGCCCGAAGAGCAGAGAAGCCAGCGCUUCAAAGCCAGCUGCCGGUGAUCUUCGUCUUAGGGCUGCUGGCCAUGCUGUACAGCGCCUUCGUGUUCGCUUACAUGCCUGCAGCCGGCCUCUCGCUGAACAGUACAGAGAGCUUGCUUUUCCACGCCUUCGUCUUCUUGACGCUGGCCAGCUUUGCACAGGCCGCGCGCACCGACCCGGGCGACGUGCCAGCGGUCCCGAGUGGCGUGACCGCGAUCAGCCACCCAGGUGGCCCUGACACCCCGGAGGAAUGGGAGGAGAUGAAACGGUGGAGAGGCACGCUGGUGCCGGAAGUCGCAGGUGGGGCUUUGGCGCGCAGAGCUGUGCCACAAGAGAAGCGCUGGAAGAAAGCCGAGCAAAUGGCCUUCAAACCCGAUCGUGCUCACUUCUGCCGAGCUAUGGGUCGCGUGGUCGCGUGCUUCGCAUGGACCACCAUUGCCCAUGGCUUGGCAAUACCGUGGGCCUACACGAACAUGGCGUGCGGGAUGCUUGGGCUGAACGUGCUGGACCUCUUGGUGCACGCCCUGACCACCUUCCUGCUCAUUGGCACUGAAGCAUUGACGUUCCUCCUCUCCAGCAUUCUGGUGCGUCUUCGGAUGGAACGAGCGGUGGAACGAUCGGUGGAACGACAGAGCAGAAUGGUGGUCCAGCCCUGUGGUGUGCCAGACUUGACCACCAUCGAGUUCUGCGCCUCCUUUGCGCGUGGCCCCGAUGAGAAGUGGGCACCUGUGGGUGGUCCAAGUGGCAAUGGCAUUUUCUUUCCACGCAAAGGAGCAGAGCGUCGCAAAGCUCGAGCCGAGCGAGUACCAGAGCACUUUGUGAUUUCGGAUGAGAAUGAGGACAUGGCCUGUGAAGAUGCCGCCAUCAUAGAUGGUCAGCAAGUUUGGGUGGAUGCGGCUGAAUUCACCGAUGACCUGAAGGUGGGCUGCGAGGUGAUCCUGGAGACCGCAGAGGAUGCCUACUUGUCCGCUUGGCGCCUCCUAGCGACCCGAUCGGGAAUUUGGGGAGGUGAUUCCAUGGCUGGAUGGACACUGAUGGAGUUGGAACAUGCACUGCGAGUGGGUGUGGGACUGUCUUUCACGGAGGAGAGAUAG